ACCAGCGACACCCAUCCAGAACGUACCCUACAGCUUUACAGUAACACACGUGAUUUCUUAGAAACCCUGCGGAGGGAGGGGGAGAGGCAGGAGAGGAGAAAAGAACGUUUACAAAUGUUUAUUUCAAAUAUCAGAUAGGGUGUUAGGUAGAUGGCUGGCUAUUGGAGGGCAAGCAGUGAAGGGGAGGUGUAAAGGCAGCAAUGAGGAAGUACAUACAGUUAUUAUAUAUCUAUUGCUGAGCGAAGCAGGAAACAACAUGAGAAAAAAUGAGUUUUACCGUGCGAGACGUGCUGGUCAGAAACCUGGAAGAAUUAGGUGAAAGAAACUUUAAAAGAUUCCGGACCAAACUAAACGAGUUUCCAGUGGAAGGACCGUACAGGAGCAUUCCGAAGGCACGUCUGGAGAAGGCGGACGAAGACGAUGUUGCAGAUCUCAUUCUUGCAGCUUAUUCCAAUCCCUACGGGGUAACGGUGACCCUCGAGGUGCUGCGGCAAAUCAACCAAAAUCAAAUAGCAGAAAAAUUAGAACAAGACUUGGAGAAAGCCAGCAAUUACAAGAAGCCAAGUAACGGAGACAAACCUGCUGCUGCAGAGCACUUCGUGGACAGACGCAGGGCAGAGCUGAUCAGCAGGAUGGGUCUGGUGGAUCCUGUACUCGAUGAUCUCCUGUCCAGGAAGCUUCUUACAGAUGAACAUUAUUCCAUUGUCCGUAGUAAGGCCACCUCUCAGGACAAGAUGAGGGAGCUCUAUGGAUUUUCCAGAUCUUGGGGUGUUGGUGACAAGGAUGCUUUCUAUCAGAUACUGCGGAAACACAACGAACCGCUCAUCAUUGACCUGGAACGCUCUUAAAGGAACUAGAUUGUGAGCCUUUCUGGCAAGGUCCUGUGUGUCUUUACCUCACACCAGUCACUUGGCUAUUGUUUGCAUUUUAAGGGGCCACGUGGUACCUCAUCAUGUCCACAUUUCCAGCCACUAACCACGUGACGCCCACAUUACCUGCCUUACAUGUGCCCUAUCCAUAAAUGUGAAUUCAGCCUUGUAAUGGGUGUUAAACGACCGGUAGGAUACCAGACAUUAGUAAACCUGAUUUUAAAUAAAGUACAUAACUGAGGGAUAAACUGAAUCCAACGCUCCAGAAUGGGAAGAGUUUGAUAGAAAGUUGAAUCGGGAGGUUAGAGAUCAGAGCAGACGGUAACGGUUCUGCACAUCAUGUUGGGGCAUUGGAAUUGUACUGAAUGGAACUUUACAUUUUUAUUAACUCAUUUAUAUUGAGAAUUUUAAUGAAAUUACUUGUCUAUUUUUCCCACUCCACUUUCUGGUAGCAAUCUCUAUACACCUUGGUCAGACUGCCAGUAAUCCCAACCAGUGCUCAUUAUUUUAUCAUCACUGCUUGAUUGUGUGUGGUUUUUUACGUCUGAGAGGAAAAAGUGAAUUCUCCUAAAUUUCCAUAUAUCCGAUGUAAACAAAAUUAAGAGAUGUUAUAUUAUAAGAUAAACAUGAUAUAAACACAUUUUAACGACAGUUCUCCUUUAAGAAUGACACAAUUGCACACAUAUGUUGGUGCGUCAUAGGUUAAUGUUUUACAUCACGCCGUGUCAUCAGGUGAGGCUCCGUAGGGGCCCAGGCCACUGGGGGACGUGGGAAUGACUGGUUGCAAGCAUUACGGGCUUGUCCAAGAAAUAGGUUGUAUGGACGUUGUUACAGGUACAACUAGUGUUUAAUUAAUGGAGUUAAUUAAAAACUGCAAUAAUUACCUCUGCAGGGUUAAGGGUCCUGGGAUUCUGCACCCAAUAGCUUAUUAAAUCGAUCUUGGCAAUGAUCAUUUUUAAUCGUAAGUAUGAGCCCUUUUUUAAUUCCAUUAGGUUUUUAUAUAGAAUUACCUAUUGUUUAAUUAUUCCAUUGACAGCUGUCGCUAGUCAUAGAUCCCCUGUAUAUCUGCGCUCAGUAACGCUGAUUGAUCGGAUAAUAUUUUGGGGUACAGGUUAAGGAUUUGUCUCUGACACAAUAUUACAUUCCAUUGACCUCGCUGGCAAACAUUGUCAUUACAAGGCUGAACAUCCGUUAUCAUUUUUAAAGAAAUUUUACAUAUAGAAUACUGAAUAAAAUGUAUGAAUAAAAAUACAAUUGUUUUUG